AUGGUUGGUGUAGGGAAGAUACUGUAUGGUCUAUGGAUUGCAAGCGUCUUUCUACCUCUAUCUUCUACUGCCAAAAGCUCAGAAGCUACGCAAUGGCCGCUUCAUGACAAUGGACUGAACAAAGUUGUCGAAUGGGAUCACUAUAGCUUCCAGAUCGACAGUCAGAGAAUCUUUGUGUUCUCUGGUGAAUUCCACUACUGGCGCAUCCCAGUUCCUGGUCUGUGGCGGGAUAUUCUGGAGAAGAUCAAAGCUGCAGGCUUUACCGCGUUUUCCUUCUAUUCCAAUUGGGCAUACCACGCACCCAACAACCAGACCCUGGAUUUCACCACGGGCGCUCACGACAUCAGACCAAUCUUUGAACUUGCCAAGGAACUGGGAUUGUAUGUUCUUGUCCGCCCGGGGCCGUAUAUCAAUGCUGAAACGACGGCGGGUGGAUUCCCGUUGUGGCUCACCACGGGUGAAUAUGGAAGCCUUCGAAACAAUGACACCCGGUAUACUAAGGCCUGGACACCCUACAUGACGGAGAUGGCCAAGAUUACCAGUCAGUACCAAGUCACCGAUGGGCACAUGGCUAUCGGCUACCAGAUCGAAAACGAGUACGGCGACCAGUGGAUAUCAACAUCCGAAAAGAUACCCAAUAACACUGCAAUUGCCUACAUGGAGUUACUCGAAGCCAAUGCGCGCGACAGUGGGAUUACCAUUCCAUUGACGGCAAAUGAUCCCAACAUGAACUCCCUCUCCUGGGGAACUGACUAUAUUACCGGAGAGGGCAACGUUGAUAUCGCUGGCGUGGACUCAUAUCCAUCUUGCUGGACGUGCGAUCUCAGUCAAUGUACCUCGACCAAUGGCGAAUAUGUGGCAUUCCAGGUUGUGGACUACUACGACUAUUUCCAAGACUACCAACCAACACUCCCUGCGUUCAUGCCUGAAUUCCAAGGAGGCUCUUACAAUCCCUGGGGUGGACCAGAGGGAGGGUGCGCCGAAAACUCGGACGCUGAUUUCGCCAAUCUGUUCUAUCGAUGGAACAUCGGCCAGCGAGUGACAGCGAUGAGUUUGUACAUGCUCUUCGGCGGAACGAACUGGGGAGCCAUCGCUACGCCUGUGACGGCAACCAGCUAUGACUACUCGGCGCCCAUUUCCGAGGACCGAUCCAUUUCAUCCAAGUACUAUGAGACAAAGCUGCUGGCUCUGUUUACACGUACUGCAAAGGAUCUCACCAAGACUGAUUUGAUCGGUAAUGGGACACAGUAUACUGACAACACUGAAGUCCGCGCAUAUGAACUACGCAACCCAGAUACCAAUGCUGGAUUUUAUGCCACUUUCCACGCCAACACGUCCACUUCUACGAAUGAGGCAUUCCAUCUCAAGGUCGACACCUCUGCUGGGAAUUUGACUAUUCCCAAGCAUGGAGGUGUUGUUCGUCUGAACGGGCACCAGUCCAAGAUUGUGGUCACUGAUUUUACUUUUGGAUCCAAGACGUUACUCUACUCGACUGCGGAAGUAUUAACCUACACGGUUUUAGACGAUGUUCCGGUCUUGGCUCUUUGGGUACCCACUGGAGAGAAUGGAGAAUUUAACAUCAAGGGAGCAAAGAAAGGAAUUAUCAAGUCAUGCCAAGGAUGCUCGAACGUGAAAUUCAUCAAGGAAAAUGGUGGAUUGACGGCUACUUUCACGCAGUCGUAUGGCAUGAGCGUCUUGGAGAUUGACGGCCUCCGGGUCAUUUUACUCGAUCGGACUUAUGCUUACAAGUUCUGGGCCCCUGCUCUUACGAAUGAUCCAUUUGCUCCGGAAACAGAGAGUGUUCUCGUGCAAGGCCCCUAUCUCGUUCGCGGGGCCAGUAUCUCAAAGUCGAAGCUUGCAGUGACGGGUGAUAUUGUCAACUCCACGACAAUUGAAGUCUUUGCCCCCAAGGCUGUGGAAUCUAUCACCUGGAAUGGGAAGGCUAUUAAGGCGAGCCGGACAGCAUACGGCAGUUUGAAGGGCUCGAUCUCUGCACCAAAGUCCAUUACACUGCCAGAGCUCACCUCGUGGAAGUCAAAGGACAGCUUGCCAGAGCGUCUGAAUGAUUACGAUGAUUCCGGGGCCGCAUGGGUUGCUGCCGAUCAUAUGACUACUUGGAAUCCUAGAACACCCACUACUCUUCCAGUUCUGUAUGCGGACGAAUAUGGUUUCCACAACGGUAUUCGUCUCUGGCGCGGAUAUUUCAACGGCAGUGCGACCGGUGUCAACCUGAACGUCCAAGGAGGAUUGGCCUUCGGCUGGUCGGCUUGGUUGAAUGGCGAUUUACUGGGAUCCUACUUUGGCGACGCAACAGGCGAACAAGCCAAUCUCACCCUCUCAUUCUCCAACGCAACUCUCAGCACCAGCAAACCCAACGUUCUACUAGUCGUUCACGAUGAUACAGGCCAUGAUGAGACUUCCGGGGCGUUGAAUCCCCGUGGUAUCCUUGACGCCAACCUCAUUGGCUCCUCGACAGGCUUCACUCACUGGCGUAUCGCCGGAACCGCAGGCGGCGAAUCCAACCUCGACCCGGUUCGCGGUGCUUACAAUGAAGACGGUCUGUACGGCGAGAGAGUGGGCUGGCAUCUCCCAGGAUUUGAUGAUUCGACCUGGUCGAGCGUUAGUGACAGCUCAAGCCUGAGUUUUGAAGGUGCAACAGUUCGAUUCUUCCGUACUGUGGUCUCUCUAGAUCUCCCAUCUGAACAUGAUAUCUCCAUCUCGUUCGUCUUGGGUACUCCAUCUGGCUCGGCGAUUACGUACCGAUCGCAGCUAUUUGUGAACGGCUACCAGUACGGGCGGUUCAAUCCGUAUAUUGGAAAUCAGGUGGAAUUCCCUGUUCCACUUGGCAUUUUGAAUUAUAGUGGUGAGAACACCAUUUCUGUGGCUGUUUGGGCACAGACGGAAGAGGGGGCUAGUAUCUCGGUGGACUGGAAGGUGAAUUACGUGGCCGGUAGCUCGUUGGAUACGAGUGAGAUUGAUGAUGUCAGUCUGCGGCCUUCUUGGACAAAGGAAAGGCUCAAUUAUGCCUAA